AGGGUGGUGGAGCAGGGGGAGCCGGCGGCGCUGCUGGAGAUGCAGGAGGGCCGCUUCUCCCACAUGGUCGACCAGAUCGGCGGCACCUCCUCACGCAACCUGCGCCGCCUGGCUCUCACGGCUGCGGAGGUGCGCUUGGAGAGUCUGGCGGCGGGCAGCCCCCGCUCCGCGGUUUCGGAGCGCAUCCAAGCGCUGCUGACGGGUGGCCCGGCCUUCACCUCGCGACGCCGGAGUACGAUUUGUGGCGUGCGGACCAGCGGCGGGACAAAGACGGAGAGCCGGUUCUCCAGCCCCGGACGAGGUGCGGCGGCCGCACGGCGGGGCGCCACAGCUUCGGGCAUGAUGAUACGCGUGGCGACUGCAGACGACGUCAGGCAGGUGUUACCCAAGCCCCCAAGCGGAUGGGACAGCGCCAGCAAUUUGAAGACGAUGAGCAGGCCAAAUUAGAUGUAGCUAGGGAUUGCCGUUGGGUGUAGCACAACCCGAAGAUGACAUGCGACAGGCAUAUCGAGGUAUUCAUGAGGCACGAAGCGAAGAAUUCCUUAAGGUAAAUAGUAAUUGGGUAUGGGCUUGUGAUUAUCAUCAUUUACAUAAAUCGCACAGAGGUUCCGAUUCUGAGCAUGUCUUGUGCGUGCCUUGACGUAUUCGUGCGCCAUCUUGUUCCGUUUUGGAUGCGGACACGAUCGAUUCCGCUCAUUUUUCAUCAGCCUACAUUCACUGGUUUAUUUCUUGCAAGUUAAAAUACAUUCAGUUUCGUGAUCACCAUCCUAAUGAUUCCUGGUACACGUGCACGUACGCCUGCGUACAGUCAUAACAGUUCCGCAAUUUCCUUACAUACGAGCUAAGGGUCCGCCAUUACUAUUGCUUGGGUGGCAGGCUAACCAGAUGACUGUCAAAAGGGUGUUAGAAAUGUACAGAAGAAUUCGUUAGCGUCGUUCCGUUGUGCAAUUUAGUUAGUUGUACGGCAUUUCAUGCCUCUUCUUAUUGGCAGCUCGCUGACCGUUUUCGGCAUCUGUCUUUAUUGUAGCAUCUUUGAGUGUUGUUAGCCCUUCUGUCAGGGCUUUAGGUGUAGUUUCCCACCCGCCUCCCCGGGGCCCCGCGGCUGGCGGGGUCGGGAGGAGAGAGGGCUGGGGUGCGGUUGGUCGCAUGGGCGUCCUGGCCUUGCGCGUGGUGCGUGCGGCAGCACUCUGGCUGCUCGUGUUUGCCACCCGGUCUCUGGGCGGCACUGUUUUGGCACGGCUGCUCCGUUUGUCACCUAGGAGUGAGUAGUAGCCCAAACGCACAUCAAGGGCCAGGAUAAAGAUAGACGGUCCGUCUACAUGUGUGUACGGCGGCAUUGUGGCCUACUGCUGCUGAAUUGUGUUUCCUUUCUAGCAUGAUUCCCAGCCGUGCGGGGGCGUGUCGCGGUGUGUUUCAUAUACCGACUGAUGCGUGGCAAUGCAAGAGUAAAGCGUUGCUUCAGUGUACUUGUGUGGUUGAUGUGCGGGUGGUAGCACGAGGGUGGCAAGGGGCGAGGUUGCGGAGGGGAUGAAAUGAAAUGGUGUAGUAGCAAAAGGUCAAAGUUCCACCCUACCUGCUGGUUAUGUCAAGGUGAACGUUGGUCACUUUGGUCACUGCUUGUAAAUCGGGUGUUACCGCUGUAUGUUGCAGUUGCAUGUACCGCCGUACGUCACAAGCCUCUCCAUAUAUAGGUAGUGCAACCGUCGUAGAGGAGCAACGGUUGGCGGAUCCUAGGCACACCGACAAUUCAAGAUGAGUUGAAGUAGAAAUCUGCUGGAGUAGUGGCUGCGGUGGGCUUUGCCGUUGUGGGUCGGCCCUAUGUGGCAGUUGGUUGAUGAUCCGUCC